AGUGCAUCGCGCUGACAGCUUCUUCCUCGCGACAAAAAUGGCGGCUCCUUUAACAUUUUUGCUGAUAGUGGCUGUGACAAUAAGAGCCGUUUUAUUCCGAUCCAGUUUGGCAGAAUUAAUUUCAGAAAGGGUCGAGGUGGUGUCGCCUUUGAAUGCGUGGAAACGAGUUGUGGAGGGUCUUGCCUUGUUGGAUCUUGGGGUCUCGCCUUACUCAGGAGAUGUGUUUCAUGAAACACCCCUUAUCAUAUACCUCUUUCAUUUUGUGGUCGACUAUGCAGAGCUUGUUUUUAUGAUAGCAGAUGGAAUCACAGCAGUGGCUCUUUAUCUCUCAAUCCAGACUUAUAACAAGAAUGUGUUUAGAAAACAGAAAUAUGCAUUGGAAUCGGACCGGUAUCCCGCCGACUGUUUGGAGCUCCUCCAGUCUCCUAAGGAGAUGUUCUACAUCCCUCUCAAAGUUGCCAUGUUUUAUCUGUUGAACCCCUUCACCAUCCUGUCUUGUGUGGCAAAGUCGACUUGUGGGCUGAACAAUGCCAUUAUUGCGCUCUUCAUUCUCUGUACAUUAAAAGGUAGUGCCUUGUUGAGCGGGAUAAUGUUGGCCUUGGCCACAUAUCAAUCCAUCUAUCCUCUGACCCUGUUUGCUCCUGCACUACUGUUCCUCCUGCAGAGGUUGUAUAUCCCAGUGAACCUGAGGAGGAGUAGUUUCUGGUCCUUCACUCUUCAGUAUGCGUUCAUAUAUGUGGGCAGUCUGGUGGUGAUCACUGGACUCUCUUUCUUUCUCCUGGGCUCCUGGGAUUUCAUCCCUUCUGUCUACGGAUUCAUAUUUUCGGUUCCAGACCUCACUCCAAACAUAGGACUCUUCUGGUACUUCUUCGCAGAGAUGUUUGAGCACUUUCGUCUCUUUUUCAUCUGCGUCUUCCAGAUCAAUGUCUUUUUUUACACCAUCCCGCUUUCCGUCAAACUCAAGGAGCAUCCAGUAUUCCUCAUCUUCAUGCAGAUUGCCAUCAUCUCCAUCUUUAAGUCGUACCCCACCGUGGGAGAUGUCGCCCUCUACAUGGCAUUUUUGCCAGCCUGGAGUCACCUCUACCGAUUUUUGAGAAACAUCUUUCUGGUGUCAUGUGUGCUGUUGGCGUGCUCAGCGCUCUUCCCUGUACUCUGGCAUCUGUGGAUAUACGCUGGCAGUGCCAACUCUAAUUUCUACUACGCCAUCACGUUGCUCUUCAACUUUGGACAGAUCCUCCUGGUAUCAGAUUAUUUCUACGCCUACCUGCGUCGAGAACACCACCUGACGCACGGCCUCUACCUGAAGAAGGAAGAUGGCACUGAAGCCACUCUUGUGUUAAAGUGACCUUCUUUCGCGGGACUAAGAGAUCUCACCGACUGCCUCACACUCCCAUAUCUUUACUUGUUUUUUAUUUAACUUUCCAUUCACACUACUGGUUUUUCCCCCAGGUCUUUUACUUUCACCUCAAUUUCCCUCUCCUUUCUUUUUUCAAAACCUGUUCCUUUCUUUUGCACAUUUGAGAGUUUUACCUUAUGUUUGGAUGUUGACACCCCCCUCUUGGACCAAAGCUGUUUUGUAAGAGACUUUUUUGAUAAUGUGACUGACUGAAGGUAUGUGAAUGAUACUGGAACUUUGCUUUUACUUUAUUCGGUUCCCUUGAAUGAUGCAAUGAAAAAGAGGUGGGUAGAAUGGUUAUUUACAUUUUUUUUUUGGUUUUGCUUGUUGUCUGUCUUUGUUUCAAAGGAUUUACUUUCUUUAUUAAACUCCAUUCAAACAGUGAGGUCGUAUAGUUGGACGUGCAGUUUGAAGUCAUGGUCAGCAGAGGGUAUAACAUGAAUGUGCAGUGAUGGUACAAACUUUGACUGCAGAGAGCUCACGUUUUAGCAGAACAUGAAGAAGUGGUUGAGUUUGAAUGUUCUUUUAAUGCUUUUCUUGGUUUGACUUGCUUUUCUUUUCUUGAUUUGGUGCUUUUUUUGUAUGACAGUUUCGUUUGUUUUAUGUUAUUACAGAAUGAGGGAUUAAACUGCACUGCAAUUUUA